AUGAAUACUUAUAAAGGGCUCUUCGUCCUCGCUUUAGUAGCUCUCGUGUGUGUAACUUUUACUCAACCUCGUGAAAUAAGUCGAGAAAAACGUGAAGUUAGUGAUUUAGAAGCCGCAGCUUCUGGCCACGGACACCAUUGGGAAAAGGGAGGCGGCCACGAGCACCACGCCGAUCACCACGGUAGUCACGGAGAGAAGGGCGAUAAAGGCUACAAAGGUCACCAUCACCACGAGAAAGGAUCGAAAGGACAUCACGAUAAAGAGGGCCACAAAAAACAUUACGAAGAACACGGGGGUCAUAAAAAACAUCAUCAUCAUGACGACGGAUACCACGCCCACCACCACAAAGGCGAAAAGGGAGAAAAAGGUCACAAAUAUGGUGAAAAGGGAUCUUACAAGAAAGGCCACAGCACCAAAGGAGGCCAUGAUGUCCACAAACUAGACGAAUACAAGAAAGAAAAACACUUCUUCGACGAAGAUCAUUCUUCUGGUCACCACGAAAAACACGGAGGUCACCACCAUGAAGAUGGAUACAAAAAGGGAGGUCACAAGAAAGGAGGACACAAAAAAGGAGGUCACCACGAAGACCACUAUGGCAAAAAAGGUGGUCAUGAAAAAGGAUCCCACUAUCACGAAUCUGCUGGACACAAGAAAGCUGGUGGACAUGAUGAUCAUCAUCAUCACGAACAUAAAUAUGGAAAGAAAGGAGAACAUGAAGACCACAAGCAUUGGGGAUUCAAAAAAGGGCAUUAA